UUAAUAAAAUAAUUAUUACAUUUUAAAUCGAAAUGGCAAUUAUAUUGGUUUUAUUAUUUUUAUAUUUUAUUGAGAGUGUUCUUUUAUCAUCAACUCAAAAUGAAAAAGACUUUUUUAAAGAAUAUGAUUUUUUUACGGAAGAACAGCGUAUAAGGCUGAAAGACAAAGCCAAAGAAAUGUUUUAUUUUGGUUACGAUAAUUAUAUGAAGUAUGCGUUUCCACUUGAUGAGCUUAAUCCAAUAUAUUGCAGAGGAAGAGGUCCUGAUUUGAAUAAUUUAGACAACAUUAAUAUCAAUGAUGUGUUGGGUGGAUACUCAUUGACUUUAAUAGAUGCACUUGAUAUGCUUGCAAUUGUAGGCAACCAGUCAGAGUUCAAAAGUGCUGUCAAAUUAGUUUUAUCUCAUGUCAGUUUUGAUCAAGACAAUGUUGUGCAAGUAUUUGAAGCUACUAUAAGAGUAUUAGGAGGUCUUCUUUCUGCUCAUCUCUUGAUUACUGAUCCAGAUGAGCCAUUUGGAAAACUGAAGCCAUUAGAUUAUGAUAACGAUUUAUUAACAUUAGCUCAUGAUUUAGCGAAUCGUCUACUACCUGCAUUUGAUUCUACUAACACUGGUGUCCCUUGGCCUAGAGUUAAUCUCAAAUAUGGAAUUCCCCCAUCUACUUCAACAAUGACUUGUACAGCAGGUGCUGGUACAUUGUUAGUUGAGUUUGGAAUUCUUAGCAAGUUGCUCGAUGAUCCUAUAUAUGAGCAAGUAGCGCGAAGAGCAUUGAACUCUCUUUGGAAGCAGCGUUCCAAUGAAACUGGAUUGUUUGGAAAUGUGUUUGAUGUCCAAAGUGGAGAGUGGAUUGGUAAAAUGAGUGGCAUAGGAGCUGGCAUUGAUUCAUUUUAUGAGUAUUUACUUAAAAGCUAUAUUUUGUUUGGAGAAAAAGGAGACUUGGCAAAGUUCAACAGUGUGUAUAAAGAUGUGCGGAAACACCUUCGGAAGGGACGAACCUCUUGUAACAAUGGUACUGGUGAAACACCAUUACACGUCAAUGUUCACAUGUUAACUGGUGAAAUCUUUAACACUUGGAUUGAUUCAUUGCAGGCUGCUUUUACUGGUGUUCAGGUGUUGUAUGGUGAUAUUGAUGAAGCAAUAUGCAGUCAUGCAGUAUUCUAUGGAAUUUGGCAGCGUUAUGGUGCACUUCCUGAACGCUUUAACUGGAAACUGCGUGCUCCAGAUGUAAAAUUUUAUCCAUUGCGACCUGAGUUUAGUGAAUCGACUUAUCUUCUGUAUCAAGCUACAAAACAUCCGUUCUACUUACAUGUUGGGGCAAAAAUAAUGGAGAGUCUAGAAACACAUGCAAAAGCGAUAUGCGGAUAUGCAACGCUGCAUAAUGUUGAAACCAAAACACUAGAGGAUAGAAUGGAAAGCUUUUUUUUAAGUGAAACAAUGAAGUAUUUAUAUUUGCUAUUUGAUUUUGAAAAUCCAGUGAACCGACGUGCCUCUGAUUGGUUAUUUUCAACUGAAGGUCACAUUUUUCGAAUAGAUGAGCAAUAUCGUGCUUCGAGUUGGGAUAAAUUUGUUUCAAAAGAUUCACCACCUCAAAGUUCAGCAAAAAAAAUAAAAAAUAAUACUUAUUCUUCUGUUUGUGAAGCCUAUAACGACAAUAUAUAUUCAAAACUUCCAAUGAAAGACAAGUAUUUUGAUCAAAUACAAAGAUUGGUUGGUUUGAUUGACUAAUACUCGUCGUUUUCUGUUAUAUUAGCAAGCUCAAUUUUGCCAAAUUUAUCACUAAAUUGCCGUUUAUUUUCGUAUUUUUUAUAUGUUUUUUAAAUAAAUGGUACUUCAACUAA